GGCAGCACGUUCAGCUCGCAGUCGCUGUCACUGAGAGAAACUGUGAUGGCAAACCUGUCGACUGUCUCUGCAGACUCAGAGGCCGUGCGGGAAGGAGCCGCGAAUCUCCCGUCCAACGUCGCUGACUUCACGGUAGAGCAUGUAUGUGCAUGGUUGGAAGGCAUGGACCUCGGAGAGUACGCGGAUGUCUUUCGGACCAACAAGAUCGACGGGGACCUGCUGGCAGAGCUCGAGGAAAGGGAUCUCCUAGAGGACUUCGGGAUCACGAACAAAUAUCAUCGGAAAAAGAUCAUGAAGAGAUUGCAAGGACAUUGAUGGGAAGGAGAGGGAGUUUGUAUUGUAAGGACCUGUUUGUAUUC